AUGUCGCGCCCGUCCGAGUCCGAGUCUGCGCCCCUCUUGAGCGACCACGACGCCUCGCCCGCAGACGACUAUUCGCGCCCUAUAAACGGUGACGCCCGCAUUGCGUCGCGUCUGCAGAGAUACGCGAAGAUCCUCAGAGUCUCUGGACUCGUUCUGUCAAUUUUGGGGCUCGUUUUGAUUAUUGCGUUUAUUGUUUUGGUUAAAAUUGCACCGCUUUCGAAUUCAUCUUGGAGGUACAGAGCCGAGGAAAACGUGAUUGGAUGGUACAUCGCCUCUGUGAUCACAGCCAUUAUCAUCCUCUGCGCCCCCCUCCCUGCGCUGGUCAGCUUCGCGAACGACGUUACGUUCCUGGUGGGCUUUAUCGUGUCCUCGGUGCAGUGGAUCGACAGUAUGCCGUUGAGCGACUGUAAUGGCCAAUACGACUGGCGCACCAAGAAAUGGACGCCGCCGCAUCCCAAGUGCAAGGAUUACCAGCUGAUUAUUAACAUCAUCAUGGGCUUCGUAGCUGCUUUUGGGAUUCUACUCGCCACCUCCUACGCCCUCCUCCUAGUCAUUCGCGUGUACAAUGUGUUCAGGUCCAAAAGCUGGAGGAGCAAGCUCCCUGGCUCUGGCGAGAUCACAUGGACAGUCAGCUUGAACGUCCUCACAGACGGCCAUGAGCGAACAUACGGGUUCUCCGUCGGCGCCAAGGCAGAUUCAAAACCUACCCAGGGACCUGUGCAUCUGUAA